AGCGUUUGUGACAGUCGGCUUAAACUACUUUUUAAGUAAUUUUUAUUGAGACAACAAAACCACCUUAAAGAUGUUUCUAACACGUUCCGAAUAUGAUCAUGGUGUCAACACCUUCUCCCCAGAAGGAAGAUUAUUUCAAGUUGAAUAUGCUAUAGAAGCUAUAAAACUUGGUUCCACUGCCAUUGGAAUUGCAACAUCAGAGGGUGUAGUGUUAGUUGUGGAGAAGCGUAUUACUUCCAGUUUAAUGGAACCUACAACUGUAGAAAAAAUUGUAGAAAUUGAUAAGCAUAUUGGAUGUGCUGCAUCUGGCUUAAUAGCCGAUUCUAGAACGAUGAUUGAUCGUGCUAGAGUAGAAUGUCAAAAUCAUUGGUUUGUUUACAACGAAAAAAUGUCUGUGGAGUCAACAGCACAGGCAGUUUCCAAUUUAGCUAUACAAUUUGGAGAUAGCGACGAUGAUGGUAGUGCAAUGUCUAGACCCUUUGGUGUAGCAAUGUUGUUUGCUGGCAUCGAUGAAAAAGGACCCCAGUUGUAUCACAUGGACCCUUCAGGGACUUUUGUGCAAUUUGAUGCUAAAGCUAUUGGCUCAGGAAGUGAAGGUGCACAACAAAAUCUUCAAGAAGUUUAUCAUAAGUCCAUGACCCUUAAGGAAGCAAUAAAAACAGCUUUGGUAAUAUUGAAGCAAGUCAUGGAGGACAAACUGAGUGAUAACAAUAUUGAAGUAAUGACAAUGACACCUGAGAAAAUGUUUCAUAUGUUUACAAAAGAGGAAUUGCAGGAGGUGAUUAAAGAUAUUCCGUAAAAGUUAGAGCAUUUAAAACAUACGAAUACAUACAUUUAUGAACAACAAAAGUGUGCUAU